CAAAACAACCUAUCUAAUCAGCCCUACUGGAGGCAAUUCUGUUCAGUCUAAUGACAUCUCGCCUACGGUGCAGUACGAAAUGAAAGUGCUCGGAGAAGAUAAGUUGAAUGACCCAAACAUAAUCUACGGUGGUCCGCUAGCAGCGGAGGUGGUCAAUCGAGGUUGCGACUCCCUAGGAGAGCUGAUCGUGCGCGAGUUCCGCAAGACUCGCGAGAAGAUAGCCCUGAUAAGUGGAAUCAGCACUCUCCAGCUAACCUACGGUGGACUGCUGGAACAGUCGUUGGCUUUGGCCGCUUACCUGGAAGAGCAGGGGGUGCAACGAAACGAUGUAGUGGCACUGAUCAGUGAGAACCGUUUCGAGUUUCCAGUUGUUGUGUUUGCCCUGAUGUUCCUUGGCGCUACGGCUGCUCUGUUCAAUCCCGGUUACUUAGAACGUGAGCUCGAGCAUGCCUUCAGGCUGGUGAAACCAAAAGUCAUCUUCGCGUCGGCUCAAUCCUAUCUACCAGCGCAGAAGGCUAGUCUGCGAAUUCGUCGACCGGUUAAGUUUAUCUAUCUGGAUGACAACGGCCGGGGACAGACAUUGCAGAAAUGCUUGGAAACCUCCAGCAGAAAAUUCAAGCCCGAAUCCUUCAUUCCACAGGCUGUGGAUAUCGAGAAUCAGAUCGCGCUGAUUGUGAUGUCUUCGGGCACCACCGGUCUACCGAAAGGAGUUCAGAUAACUCAACGGAAUGUGAUGACGACUAUGUCGUACACUAGAACUUUUCUGGACACAAUCGGACCCGACCAAGAAGAAAUGGUAGCAGUUGAUGUAAUUCCUUGGUUUCACGUUGCCGGGGGAGUAUCGAUGCUUAACUGGCUGGCCAACGGCAUGCGGUUGGUUUUUCUGCCCAGAUUCGAUGCGAGAAACUAUCUGAGCUGCAUACAGCAAUAUCGACCGAACAUGUUGAAUGUUGUGCCACCCAUUGCCAUAUUCCUGGCGAAAAACUCUCUGGUUGAUGAGUUUGAUCUUUCUUCGGUGAAAAUGAUAAUUAGUGGAGCAGCACCACUGAGUAGAGAGGUGGAGGAUUUGAUUCGAGCUCGGCUGAACGUAACUUCGAUUCGGCAAGCGUAUGGAAUGAGUGAAACCACGUUGGCAAUCUUGCUUCAAUUGGACGUGGAAAACAAACCUGGAAGUGUGGGUCGGGUUCGCGCGGGUCAGUGGGUUAAGGUGAUCGACCCGGAAACGGGCAAAACACUUGGCCCCUUCCAGAAUGGGGAGCUGUGCUUCAAAGGAAGUCUUAUCAUGAAAGGGUACAUUGGAAAGGAUGGAGCUGUUGAUCAAGAUGGUUGGUUGCAUACUGGGGAUGUUGGGUACUAUGAUAACGAGAAGGAUUUCUACAUCGUUGAUCGAUUGAAGGAGCUUAUCAAGUACAAAGCUUUUCAAGUGCCUCCAGCCGAGCUGGAGGCCAUCUUACUAUCUCACCCGGCGGUUAAGGAUGCUGCAGUGGUUGGGUUUCCAGACGAUCGAGUCGGUGAGUUGGCUACCGCUUUCGUAGUGCCAGCCGAUGGAGUGAGCGUGAAUGUGCAGGAAAUUGCCCAGUUUGUGAACGCUCAAGUGUCGGUUCAGAAACGACUUCACGGCGGAGUGAGAAUAAUUCAGGAAAUUCCGAAAACGGCGAGUGGUAAAAUAUUGCGGCGCAAACUGCGUGAAAUUCUGAAAGGCAUAUCCAAGCUGUGAUUGUACAUGUUUGAUAAGAAAUAAAUUUUUUUAAAAAUGUUCUGAAACGAAACCUUCGAGAGAGAAACCCUUUCCUCCAUAAG